UCAUUAGUCCGAAUCCAAACUUAAAAUAGUAAAAAGCGGUCUGUCUAGUUCCAAUGGAAUAGGAUGAUUCUUGCAACAGGGGUAGCGACUGCAACACAGAGACUGCCUCUUCUCAGCGCUCGUGCCCUUCCUUUCCUCUAUCUCCGAGGUGUGCCCAAGAUUGGGUUUGUGCCAUUUUUGUACCAGAACCGGAUGUUGACUUUGGGUGUUUCGAAUAAAAUGGUUCAGAGCAUGGAGAAGUGCGAUGUGGGUAUUGAAAAUACGUUGGGGGUGGUUCGCCCUGCCACGGAAGAGCAUGCUGAGGAGGCAAUGGAAGCUCUUAAAGCUGGCAAGGUUAUUGCUGUGCCCACGGAUACACUCUACGGAUUCGCUUGUGAUGCUUGUUCCUUGCAAGCAGUUAAUAGGAUUUACGAGAUUAAAGGACGCAAACACACUAGCCCUCUUGCAAUAUGUGUUGGGGAUGUAUCAGAUAUAAAACGAUUCGCUAUCACUGACCAUUUGCCUCAUGGCUUACUUGAUUCUCUCCUGCCAGGUCCUGUCACUGUCAUACUAAGGCGAGGAGAGUCAAGUAUUCUCGAGAGGUCUUUGAACCCAGGAUUGGAUACUAUAGGAGUCCGAGUGCCUGACUGUAACUUUAUAAGGGUUGUUGCUCGUGGUUCAGGAAGUGCUCUGGCCCUUACAAGUGCAAAUUUAAGUGGGCAACCAAGUAGUGUAUGCAUCAAAGAUUUUGAGAACCAGUGGCAACACUGUGCUCUUGUUUAUGAUGGUGGUGUGCUUCCAUCUGGUCGAGCAGGCUCGACGAUUGUGGACCUCACUGGGCCAGGAAAGUUUAAGAUUCUUAGACCUGGAAGUGCAAAGGAAGAGACUAUUGCAAUUCUUGAAAGCCAUUCUCUACUAGAAGAAGCAACAGUUACUUGAAGAAAUGUCGAAACAGUAUGCUGCUUGCUCCCUUGUAUUAUAGGCUUACUAGUUUAUUACCUUGGAAGCAAAGGCUCCUUGGGUGUGAGAAAAAUGUUGCUGCCUGUGUCACUGUAGUUUAUUUAUUACUAGAAUUAUAUUCUUGAACUGUAUUGAGAAAUUCCACCGGAGGUCUGGAGCCUUAUGUUUUAUUAAGAAAAGAAAUUUCAACCCACGGAAAAUCA